AUGGCUGGAAGUUCCAUGGAGGACGCGAAGUACACCUCGAUUCCCCUCUCGUGGCGCGAAAGUUCCGGAGAGCUUCGCGUGCAUGAAUCCGCUGACGACAUCUCGCGAGGUCUGGCUGAUGUCAUCGUGAGAUCUUCUGAGGCAGCCAUAGCCGCGCAUGGCUCUUUCAGCAUCGCCAUUUCAGGGGGGUCCGUCGUUAAAUGUCUGGGCCACCUGGCGCAUCCAGAUGUAACGGCGCGCUGUGAUUGGUCCAGGUGGCACGUGUUCUGGGUGGACGAGCGGGCCGUGCCUCUGACGCACCCCGACAGCAACUACCUGCUGGCGCACACGCACUGGCUCUCUAAGGCGCCCAUUCCACCAGCCAACAUACACGCUCUCGACGACUCUCUCCCAGUGGAAGCAGCAGCAGAGGCGUAUGAGCGCGAGAUGAAGCAGUGUGUGGAUGGGGGUGUCCUGCUGAUGCACCCAGAUACGCCCUUCCCCAGAUUCGACUUCAUCCUUCUAGGGGUGGGCCCGGACGGCCACGUCGCCUCCCUCUUCCCCUCCCACCCCCUCCUCUCCUCCUCCUCCCGUAACUCCCCCCACUCCUCCCCCGCUACCCCCGCCUCCCCAUCCGCCCCUUCCCCCCACUGGUGCCGCCAUCUCUCCGACUCCCCCAAGCCCCCCCUUGCCGAAUCACCCUGA